AUGCUGCCAUCACCCCAGCGCUGCCAUCACCCCAACCGCGCCAUCACCCCAACACUGCCAUUCACCACCAGUGCUGCCAUCCGCCCCAACGCUGCCAUCCACCCCAGCACGUUAUCACCUGACAUCACCAUCCACCCCAGCACUGCCAUCCUCCACGCCAGUGCUGCAUCACUCCAGCACUGCCGCCACGCCCCCAACGUGACCAUCACCGCCAGUGCUGCCACCCAGACAUUUGCCGUCACUGACAUUGCCGUCACCAGCACUGCCCCAGCACUGCCGUCACCGCCAGUGCUGCGUCACCCCAGCGCUGCCAUCACCCACAGCGUUACCAUCCCACCCUUUACCAUCCACCCCCCAGCUUCCAGCAUCACCGCCAAUGCUGCCAUCACCCCAGCACUGCCAUCACCCCAACACUGCCAUCCACCACAAUGCUGCUCAUCACCCCCCAGCGCUGCCAUCACCCCAGCAGUUACCGUCCACCACCAAUGCUGCCAUCCACCCCAGCUUGCUGCCAUCACCCCAACGUUGCCAUCUGCCCUGGCUUCUACCCAUCCCACUGCAUCUGCCAUCCACGCCAAUGUUGCCAUCACACCCUGA